AUGGCAGACCUUGCAGGUAGAAAGGUGUUCAAGGUGUUCAACCAGGACUUCAUUGUCGAUGAGAGAUAUACGGUGACAAAGGAGCUUGGUCAAGGUGCUUACGGCAUUGUCUGCGCGGCUACGAAUACCCAAACCCAAGAGGGAGUUGCGAUCAAGAAGGUCACCAAUGUCUUCAGCAAGAAGAUUUUGGCCAAGCGUGCGCUGCGAGAGAUAAAGCUAUUGCAACAUUUCAGAGGACACAGAAACAUCACUUGUCUCUACGAUAUGGAUAUUCCAAGACCGGACAAUUUCAACGAGACCUAUCUCUACGAAGAACUCAUGGAGUGCGAUCUUGCCGCUAUCAUUCGUUCCGGACAGCCCCUCACGGACGCCCAUUUCCAAAGCUUCAUCUAUCAAAUCCUCUGCGGAUUGAAAUACAUUCACUCUGCCAAUGUUCUUCACCGUGACUUGAAGCCCGGCAAUCUACUGGUUAACGCCGAUUGCGAGCUGAAGAUUUGCGACUUUGGAUUGGCUAGAGGAUUUUCUGUUGAUCCGGAAGAAAAUGCUGGAUACAUGACUGAAUAUGUUGCGACAAGAUGGUACCGUGCGCCUGAGAUUAUGUUGAGUUUCCAAAGCUACACGAAAGCGAUUGAUGUUUGGUCCGUUGGUUGCAUCUUGGCAGAGCUGCUUGGUGGUCGCCCAUUCUUCAAGGGUAGAGAUUAUGUCGACCAGCUGAAUCAGAUUCUUCACAUUCUCGGAACACCAAACGAGGAGACUCUAUCACGUAUUGGCUCACCAAGAGCUCAGGAAUACGUUCGCAAUCUGCCAUUUAUGGCUAAGCGACCAUUCCCAAGUCUCUUCCCAAACGCAAACCCAGAUGCUUUGGACCUCUUGAACCAUAUGUUGGCAUUCGACCCGUCGUCGAGAAUCUCGGUUGAGGAGGCUUUGGAGCACCCAUACCUUCAUAUUUGGCACGAUGCCUCAGACGAGCCAGGAUGUCCCACCACCUUCAACUUCGACUUCGAAGUUGUCGAAGACGUAGGAGAAAUGCGCAAGAUGAUUUUGGAUGAGGUAGCUAGAUUCCGCCAACACGUACGAGUCCAACCAGGCCAAGGAGGCGUGAACCAAGGACUAGCUGUGCCUAUUCCUCAAGGAGGUGGAACAUGGGGUGCCGAGGAUCCAAAACCACAGGAGAAUUACGGAAUGGGAGCUACAGGUUUGGAGCAGGAUUUACAAGGAGGUUUGGAUGCUAUGCAUCAAUAG